UGGCGACUCGGCGCAACUGCAGGAGGGACUGAGACGGCCGCUGGCUCUGACAGGCUAUUUAUUGCAUUAUUUGUUAUUUAUUGCGAAGAGAGUGCACGGAUCGUCGACGAAAUCCUCGGCCCGGUCUUUCCAGGAGCUCCCUGUAGAAUUCAAUGUCCUCAUUCUCGGAGAGGCUUCCAGAACGGAAUCAGAAGACUGUCUCCUCUGUGUUCUCUCUCUGAAUAAAAUUGGGUUCCGGAGGAGAAGACGGGUUUUCCCGGGCGAGUGAGCCGCACUCCGUCACUGGGGCCAUGGAGGAGGAGGGGCAGCAGAGCCUAGAGUGUAUCCAGGCCAAUCAGAUCUUCCCCAGGAAGCCCCCUGUCCUGGAGGAGGACAACCUGCAGGUCCCCUUUCCUGAGCUGCAUGGAGAGUUCACCGAGUAUGUGGGGAGAGCUGAGGACGCCGUCAUCGCUAUGUCUAGCUACCGGCUGCACAUCAAGUUCAAAGAAUCUGUCGUGAAUAGUGGGUCGUGUGAGGUGUCAGUCCCCUUGCAGCUGAUUGAGAGCGUGGAGUGUCGUGACAUGUUCCAGCUCCAUGUCACCUGCAAGGACUGCAAGGUCAUUAGGUGCCAGUUCUCCACCUUCGAGCAGUGUCAGGAGUGGCUGAAGAGGCUGACGAACGUGGUCCGCCCGCCCUCGCGGCUCGAGGAGCUCUUCUCCUUCGCCUUCCAUGCCUGGUGUGUGGACGUGUACGCCGGGGAGAAGGAGCAGCACGGAGAGCUCUGCAGGCCAGGAGACCACGUGACCUCCCGCUUCAAAAACGAGGUUGAGCGGAUGGGCUUCGACACCCAAAACGCCUGGAGGAUAUCGGAGAUCAACAACAAGUACAGGCUCUGCUCCAGCUACCCGCAGCUGCUGCUGGUGCCAGCCUGGAUCACCGACAAGGAGCUGGAGAACGUGGCAGCCUUCCGCUCCUGGAAGAGGUUUCCGGCCGUGGUGUACAGGCACCAGAGCACGGGCGCGGUGAUCGCCCGGUGCGGGCAGCCGGAGGUCAGCUGGUGGGGGUGGCGCAACGCGGACGACGAGCACCUGGUGCAGUCCAUCGCCAAGGCCUGUGCCGUGGACAGCAGCUCACGCAAGCACCUGGCCAACGGCUCCUGCUCCCGCGACUACGCCAACGGCGCCGACUUCUCCGACACCGACUUCGAUUCCUCCAUGACUAACAGCUCGGAGGUGGAGAGCCUGGCCAUCCAGCCGCAGAAGCUGCUGAUCCUGGACGCCAGGUCCUACGCGGCCGCCGUGGCCAACAGGGCUAAAGGAGGAGGCUGCGAGUGCCCAGAGUACUACCCCAACUGCGAGGUCGUCUUUAUGGGCAUGGCCAACAUCCAUUCCAUCCGCAAGAGUUUCCAGUCCCUGCGCUUUCUCUGCACGCAGAUGCCGGAUCCAGCCAACUGGCUGUCGGCUCUGGAGAGCACCAAGUGGCUGCAGCACCUGUCCCUCCUGCUGAAGGCCGCCCUGCUGGUGGUGAACGCUGUGGACCGGGACCACCGGCCCGUUCUGGUGCACUGCUCGGACGGCUGGGACCGGACGCCGCAGAUCGUGGCGCUGUCCAAGCUGCUGCUGGACCCGUACUACCGGACCGUGGAGGGUUUCCAGGUCCUGGUGGAGACGGAGUGGCUGGAUUUCGGGCAUAAGUUUGCAGACCGCUGCGGGCACGGGGAGAGCUCGGAGGACCUGAACGAGCGCUGCCCGGUCUUCCUGCAGUGGCUGGACUGCGUGCACCAGCUGCAGAGGCAGUUCCCCUGCUCCUUUGAGUUCAACGAGGCCUUCCUGGUGAAGCUGGUGCAGCACACCUACUCCUGCCUCUUCGGGACCUUCCUGUGCAACAGUGGCAAAGAGAGGGAGGACAACCACAUCCAGGAAAGAACCUGCUCCGUGUGGUCACUGCUGCGGCCCGCCAACCGCGCCUUCCGGAACAUGCUCUACUCCUCCCACUCGGAGACGGUGCUGCACCCGGUGUGCCACGUGCGGAACCUGAUGGUGUGGACGGCGGUCUACCUGCCCAGCUCCUCGCCCACCACGCCCUCGGACGACUCCUGCGCCCCCUACCCGGCGCCGGGCGCCAACCCCGAAGACACACCCCUCGGCAGGCUUCCGAAGACCAGGUCCUUUGACAAUCUGCCCAUUGCGUGUGAGGUGGGGGGCCCCCUGGCCCCAAACCGGCGUUCCAGUGACCCCAGCCUGAACGACAAGUGGCAGGACCACCGCCGGUCACUGGAGCUCAACAUCGCGGUGGGGCCUGAGGGGGGCGGAGCUCCAGAGCAGGACGGACGGGCCAAUAACCUGCAGGGGGUGGGGCAUAGAGGAGGCUGGCCCGACAGGGACGGGGAAGGGGAGGGCCUGCCGGGAGAGGAGGGGGAGGAGCCGAAGGACGGUGAGGCGUGGAAGCUGAGGCUGCCAGCGGAGGAGAGCGUGGAGGAGGCGGAGCUCUCUGUGGCGGUGGGCGUGGCCGAGGGACAGAUGGAGAACAUCCUCCAGGAGGCGUCAAAAGAGGAUGCGGCGGCGGUGGCGCAGAAAGACGCUAACAUUAACGGGCACCGUCCACGGGACUCCGCUGACCGUCCAGAGGACGCCCCAGCCCUGCCCACAGCCCCAGCCACAGCCCCGCCGCUGCUCAAAGACCCCCCCACGGAGCGGCGUCCCGAGGACACGGAGCAUGAGCCGCACCCCGAACCCGAAGACAGCAGCCAGCGAGAGGAGCUCCUUACCUCCACAGAGCCCAGUGCCCUGCCUCCGCUGGCCGUGAACGGAACCGAGAUCAGAACUCUGACCAACGGUCACAGCGACGUGGCUCCCGAGGAGGCGGGCGGUGCGCAGAGCCACUGCGUGUCCCCCCAGUUCAGCCGGCCCCCGUCGGCAGUGCUGGACCAGGCAGAGGACCGGGCGUCCCUCAUGGAGAGCUCCACAGAGACUCUCACCGAGGAGGGGGCUGACAGGCAGGCCGUCCCUGCCCCGCUCUCCGCCUGCCCUCCUCCCAGGCCUCCCGCCGAGGCCAAGAGCCCGCCCCCCCACCCCUGGAAGGGGUCUGCGGAGGCGGAGCAGGGCGGGGCCAGGACUUUAAACGGCGCCCACCGCCCCUCCCCCGCGCCCGCCGAGGGGCCCGCGGGGCCCGUGUGCAACGGGGAGGCGGCGUGGGACGGCGAGCCGCGGGCGAACGGGGAGCGGGCCCCGCUCAGCCGGCAGGUUUCGGCGGCCAGCUGCGGCUCCCUCCCGCCGCACCCCCGGGGCGCCCCCCACCGCUGCCCGCACGGCCUGCUGGGACGGCCGCCCCCCAGCCCCGAGCAGCCGGCCCGCAGCCACCUGGACGACGACGGGCUGACGCUGCACAGCGACGUGAUCCAGCAGCGGCUGCGGCAGAUCGAGGCCGGCCACCAGAUGGAGGUGGAGACGCUGAAGAGGCAGGUGCAGGAGCUGUGGAGCCGCCUGGAGAGCCAGCAGCUCAGCGGCUCCCUGCGCAUCAACGGAGACGCCGGCGACGAAGUGACCUCAAUCCCAGACUCGGAAUGCAACCUGGACCCCCACUGCCUGUCCCGCUGCAGCACGGAGCUGUUCUCCGAGGCCAGCUGGGAGCAGGUGGACAAGCAGGACACUGAGGUGACCCGGUGGUACCCGGACCACUUGGCCGCCCAGUGCUACGGGUGCGAGAGCAGGUUCUGGCUGGCCACCAGGAAGCAUCACUGCAGGGGCAGGGAGCCCGUUGAAGAAGCGUGGAAUUGUGGCAACGUGUUCUGCGCCAGCUGCUGCGACCAGAAGAUUCCUGUGCCAAGCCAGCAGCUGUUCGAGCCCACCCGGGUCUGCAAGACCUGCUAUAGCAGCCUGCAGCUCUCCUCCGCCCCCAGGGACAUGGAGCUAGAGAAACCCAUCACCGCCAGCUCCAACUAGAGAGCGGGAGGGAGGGACACGCCGGCCCCCCCACCUAAACAUGCACAUUGCAGUGGAACUUAAGAAUCCCGGAGGCCGAGAAGAGUCUCCUCAUGUACAUUUUGUGUGCGGUGUAUAUAUAUCGAAUUUUCCCAAGUGAAUGAAGAUCUCCUGUAUGUACAAUGGAAGAUUGUAUGUAUGGAGAUUAAUUUUUUUAAAACGACAAAAAGGCCAUGUUUUGAAAGAGGCUAAGCACUUUGGAUAGUCAGCGUGUGCUGGAGGGGGCGGGGACAGACAAAUGUGCGCACAGGAACUGCUGGAAGUAUUAGAGCAGGGUUGGGCUGGGGGUACGC